GUGCUUAAUGUGCCUGCCCUGGCGGGGUCACGAUAAGGGUGAAUAUGGAACUUCACCUGGAGGUUGUGUUACUGUCCACCAUCAAGCGGAAGAAGCCAUGGCCUCGGUUCUGCUGGCUUGGACUGGAGAAGGAGUCUGUGUUCCUACUGGAUGACAAUCGGAUUAGUGAAAUCAACAUGGUAUCAGGGCGGACCAAGAAGAAGAUCCCCAAACUGCAGCCCCUGCUCCAAAGAGUGGUGACCAUGACGGGGUCCCAGAAUGGUAUGUGGCUUGCUGGAUUGCUCAUCUCAGGAGAGGUUUUCCUUUGGAGCAGGGACAGAGACUGCUUGAAGACCAUUAACACAGCACCAGCAGUAUGUCAGUUUGUAACUGCAGCUCACGAGGCCUCCGUGCGCCUCUCCCUGCUGGUUUCGGGUGACGGGCGGCGGGUUCUCCUCACAGCCCUCACAGGGCAGGUGUUCCUGUGGCAGUGCAUUACGCUGCAGGACCUGGCAGGAGUGCGGGACGGGGCAGUUAACGGCCACUGGGCGCAGAUUCUGCCGUUAGACGCCACGGCUCUGCCCUCUCCCCAGGACAAGGAGGCCUCCCACCACAGCGUGUUCGCUCAGGGAGAGGCUGUGGGGGACUGUUGCCUCAGUGCCUUUGUCUUUACCGCAGGGGAGCAGUUGAUGCUCUCUUUCCUCAAGAUCCAGUGGGAGGAGGAUUCAGUGCAAAGACCCAGUCCGACUGGGUACAGCGUGAGCUGGGCCACCCGGACAUACCCCCUGACCCACCUCUCACCGCCUUGCCGACCUGUGAAGUCCAGAGGGGCACUGGUGCCUGCUUUCUCCCCAGAUGGCCAGCUCCUGGCUAUUGCCUUGAACCAGAGAGACCCCAGGGCCACACAAGUUUUGUUUGUCAGUACCCAGAACUUCGUCUCUGUUUCCAGUGGGUUGGGAGGGUGUGGCAGCAAGAACUUCUCUAUCCCAUCAAAGUAUAUUAGGUCAUACUGGGUAGGAGCUGUAAGCUGGACCCCAGGGGGGCUGUACCUGGCCUGUGUGUUGAAGCGGGGGUCCCUCUUGCUCUUGGCCCGUCUAGGAGGACUGAUCUCUCUCUCCACCUCAGGGUGCAAUGUAGAGUUUGGCCCUGCCCACUUCCUUCCACUUCACCCACUUGUCACCUACAGACGCCCGGUACCUCUGUUCCCGAAUGAGGCCUCCCUCUCCAGCUCUUGUGCUUCGACCCGGGACGUCCUGCGGCAGCGCUACUCUGUCACCUGGCACCCGCGCUUGCCUUACCUCAUUGUGUCAGAUGGCUACAUGGCCACUGUGCUCAGGGUUCCUGUACGCCCCUCCCCGACCGCGCUUGUGAGCAACCUCCUCGCAGAAACCGUGGAGGGGCUGGAGAGAGUCCGCAAGGCCCUGGCUAAUAUUCAGCCCCAGGGGAGUGUGUUAUUGGAGUCUCUGGCCACCUUGAAACUGACCGUUAGCCUGCAGGAAUUGCAACAUAAGGACAUGGCUCUAUGCACCCUACCCCUCUUUCUGCGAGAUGAUGGAGACUCUAGGGACAUCCAGGAGUUACUCACAAGAACUCAGGAUGACUCUGAUGAUGAAGGCAGUCAGUUUCCAGGCUCACAGGUAGAGGACAGAGGGAGGCUGGAGUUUGCCUCCAUGUUUGACACCCUCCACGCCCAGGCUGCUCCAGGUCCUGGUGAUCGUUAUGACCCCGAGGAUCCUGCAGAUAGUGAGGAAGGAACCCUGCCCCUCCUGGUGGAGUUGGAGCGCGUUCAGAGGAUCAUGCUGACUGCCUGGGCCCUUGGUGUGUCGCUAGGGGGCGUCUUGCAGCACAGGCGACGGCUGCUGCGAUAUGUUGUCCGCUGCGCGCUCCAUCUGGCCGCUCUCCUCCAGCUCGUCCCGCCAGCGCCCUGUAAUGGGGAAGAAAAGGGCCACACCCAGCCGUCCCGUGUGCUGCGUCUGUUCAGGACUCUGCUGUCCCUGGUCCCCUGGGACACCACACAUUCGGGGCAGGACAGCUGUCUGGGGGUGGUUGUGGAGCUAACAAGACAGAUAAUUCACCUGCUCCUCUUUCCUCCCGCUGAUCCGCCACAGCCCUGCUACGGUCUCUUCUCUCACACCCUGUCUCGUGCUCUCCUGGUUCUGCGACUGGCCUCCCACAGCCUGGAUCACACCUACUGCCUCCAGAAGAAAGCUGUUCACCACCCUCCUGACCUGCAUGGGGAGCCAACACGUCACUUCUCACCCUCUGACAAAUUCUCUGUGCCAUUUCUACAAGAUGAGGAAAGGGGUGCUGUGGAAGGUGUAUCUGAGAGUGCAUUGCUCUGUCGCCACCGGCCCUCUGGCAGAUUGCUGGGCGUGUGGCGGGUUCUGUAUCAGCAGGCUCUGCAUUACCGGGCGGAGCUGCUGGGCCACACGGGGCACGCCCACUGCAAGGCAGAGCUGGGACGCAUCUUGCACAUCCUGUCCCACAUCCAGGAGGCGCUGCAGGGAGCUGGGGACCAGCUGGGAGCAGCUCCCACACUGCGCAGUGUUGCAGGAGAGCAGCAUUUCCUGUUAGGCUCAUAUGCAGAAAGUGCUCAGGUUUGGAGAGCAGAGCUGUGCGCAGAGAAGGAGAGAGGUAGCACGUUAACAUACCUUUUGGAGACCAGAUACUGCUUAUCCCUGUUGUAUGGACUGCUGUUCCAGUAUCGGCUACGCGAGGCCCAAGGCCUAUGCGACCACAUGGUCCGCCAGCUGGUCCAACAGAACGGGGAAGAGCCAGAGGAUCAAGCAGACCCUGCAGGAGAAGGAGAUCAGUUCUCAGUGGCUUGGCUGCCAGAGGAGGUGGGCCGUGAGGCUGCAUGUGCGGUCGUGCAGUCGCUGGGCAGGUUCAUGGCCGCUUACUUCACAAACCAGCCCCUGACCAUCCUGCCCCCCCACAGUGUUGAUGUACUGCCCCCUCUGCAUCUCCCUCCAGCUGCGUGCCAGCGCUUGGUACCCCUGUCUCAGAGCACCGUUUUGGGGGCUGUGCGGAGGCAGCAGCUGUCAGAGGUUUGGACAGUGGAGUACACCCUGGACCUCCUCCUGCAGGGGGGGCUGUUGCCGGAGGCCGUGUGGCUGGCCCACCACCUCGGGGACUGGAAGACCGCUGUGUUUCUGGGGCUGGCCUACACCACCUACUGCAAGGAUCACUUUGACUUCACCAAGCUGAAGUGGAGGGAAUUGCACCUGCCUGCACAGUUUCAGCCAGGGGGCAUUUUCCAGGACCAGCUAGAGUCCCUACUGGGCCUGGAGACGGGACCUUUGGAGACCCAGAGGGAUUCUAUGGAGGAGGAGGAUAUGGAGCUGCUGCAGGUCUCUGUGCAGGAGAUCCUGAAGGCCUCAGUCAUGGUGGAGGUGGACGUCCUCUCUCAGCCUCUGCACCGCCUGCUGCACUCCGCCAGGGACCUGGCAACCAGUCUCAGUGGAUUAGUGCCUGCAGGAGUGUACCUGCCUGCACCCCCGCUGUACUGCCCCCAGCCUGCCACCGACAUAGAGGGCUCUACGGGGGACGUGGGGCUGGUUUCGGAGAGGCUGUCCCGUCAGCAGGUGUCCGGGGUGUUGCAGAGGGUGCUGCUGCUCCUCAGGGCCGCCCGCUGCUCGCGCCCAGCUGCCCAGUGGUACAUCACCAGCCUGCAGCGGUGUCGCCAGCUGGUACACAAGAAAUGCUCCCAGCCCUUGAACUCAUUGCCAGAUGGACUAAUGAGCUUUGUGACCAGCAAUGGCUUCUUCAGGCCUAAGACCUACAGUGAAGGGCGUAUGGACACUGUCACAGUACAGGUUAUAGCAUGCUUCAGAGAGCUCUGUGGGCUGUGCUGGAUGCUGCAUGUGCGGGACCAGCUCUCCGUCUCCUGCAGAAAGUACCAGGCUGCCAGGAAUCAAGAUGGGGGCAGUGAUGUGGUGUCGUGCUGUAAGGACGCGCUGCUCUGGGCCUGUCGGCUCCUGCCCUUCUCUCGUUUUCUGAAGGCUGAGGAAAUCCUCCAGGACCUGGUGCUCAGCCUGGUGUCUGAACUUCCCCCCAUCCCCAUGGUGGUGAAGGCUCUGGCUCGGGCCUUCCCGGAGGAAGAGGAGUCGGUUCGGGUUCCACUGAGGGAGAAGUACAGCUCCCUGCUGCAGAGACUGAGACACCACACCCUUCCUGUCACAGAGAUGGGAGGUGUGAAGGAGGAGGAGAGAGAGGAGAAGGAGGAGAUGAUGACAGUUCUGAUUCAGGGGCAGCUGAAGCACAGGCGCCGGUAUUUGCGUCAGGUGGGGAAACACCUCGGCCCGCUGAAGCAGCACAUCUGGGAGAGGACGGAGGAGGAGGAAGAGGAGGGCGCGGGGGCUGCCUCCACGUUCGACCGCUUCUCCCUGGGGGCCAGUCUGAGUCGCAGCACGCUGUCUGACUGCGGGUACCCCCAGGUGUACAGCGACGGGGACGUGGCCGCUACCCCUUCUGAGCUCCUUUCCUCAGACAGCCUGGGUAGGCCCAUCCCUAGCAAACAGCUGAAUGCACAGUGCAGAAGAGAUGCACCUAAAGGCCCUGCCUGUAAAGGAGAUGCCAGCAGGCGUGUGGAGAGUGAGGGUGGGCACGGCAGAGUGAAGGAGCCCAGCUCUAGGUUAACAGAGAGCCCCACCCUGCCCACUGUGGGUACCUGGGAGUUUGAGCUGGAAGAUGAGGAGUACCCUCCCUUCUUGGAGCUCUUCCUCAGCUAUGUCAUAGAGCGAGACCGUGCCGAAGGCGAGGAUUCGGCCCUGCCCUUCCUGAGCCACUUUGCCCCCCAGCUGCAGGACAGAGAGCUCCACUCGCUGGCCUUCGAUGUGCUGACCACCGUCAAACGCCGUAAAACAGAGCGGCAGCAUCCCACGGGGAGAGGGGGCAGCGCAGGGCAUCUGUUCCGGGCGGGACACUGUUACCAGCCUCUCCCCCACCCCCCUGACCCGCUGUCCUCCUCCGCUCUGCAUCUGUCCGUCUGCAGCGGGAGCCAGGUCAGGAGCAGAGAGGUCAGAGAUGUCGGUCUCUUUCCCGGUCUCUGUGCGGGAAAGCCCCGGGGCUUAUUCGGCCUUCGUCAGCCGAACCGGCCAAUCACAGAGACUCCAGCGCAAAGGGCUCCGCUUGGGUCUGAAGCCAGUCACGGUUCUACCAUCAUGACACCCCAGUCUGACCUCUGGCCCUUUAAGACUCUGCCCGCCCUGGACGUCCCGGUCCUCCAGCAGGAGCUCGACCCCAAAAUGGAGGCCCGGUUUCGUGGCCUGAGCCGGCUGUUGGAGUGGAUGGUGCGCUGGGCAGACAGGAGGGUGCUGCUUGGCCACCCCAGCAGGAGGAGGGAAGGCGGAGCCGGAGCAGGUCCUGGAGGAGUGGUAAUACGGGCCAAGGCCUCUGCCCCCGCGGUGCUCACUGCCCUCAGGCUGCUGGAGAGCAGGUACACUGCGGCCCUGCUGGGCACAGACAAGCACAGCACACACUUCAGGGUCCCAGAGAGGCAGUUCAUUGUGGCCCCUGUUCGGCCAGAGAUGAGGUGGAAAUCGGAGAGGGACAGCAGCGUGGACACAGGGUACCCCGGGUCAGCUGGGACCCCCGUCACCCUGCCUCCCCAGGACAGCCAGCAUGGGGAUCCCUCUGAAGUGUCUGACGUGGUGGAGGUGGAGCCUGAGGUAGACCUGGAUAGAGCCUUACACCAGUGUGACCAAGAGGAGGUGACAUCUGACACAGAUAGUAAGGCAGAGGAAGAUGAGGAAUGCCAAGAGAGUGAAAAAUUAAGCUUCAUUGCUGAACAAGAGGGUGACAGCACAGUAGAAGUGGCCUGGGAGGAUCCACAGUCUGUCUCUGCUCCGAGCAUUUCCAUCCAGAUCAAGACCCUUCCCAGAAUUCCCAGCAGCGUCCCAGACCAGCCACUGACCUUGGAUGACCUGGAGUCAAGGAGAGAUGAGGCACUCGGAAGUUUAUCUCAAACGGUAGAGUCAGAGAGUCACCAACUUCCCAGCAAGCUGACUAAUGUGUCAGCUGACUUGAUGGCAGAAGCUUCAGAAACUACCCCUGCUAGAGAUGAGCCCCAAGGACCCAACCCUAUGCUUCAGCCAAACCCCUGCUUGUUCCCCGAGCUGGGUAUACAUCCUGGCCCCCCCACGAGCAGUGCAUUGCAGCCAGAGAGGAGCUCUGAGACACAGCCUCCAAUGGCACAACUGGAACCUGUCAGACAGCUGCUGCAGGAUGAGUUGAUCAAACUGUUACAACAGAUCAACUUUAUCAGCCUCAUGCAGGUGAUGGGCACUUCUUUUACUAACCUACCCCUGUUGUCCCAACACCAACCCCAGCCUCAGCCCCAGCCUCCUAUACCCCAUCUGCUCCAGCCCAACCUGCCCCUGUUGUCUCAACACCAACCCCAGCCUCAGCCUCAGCCUCCUAUACCCCAUCUGCUCCAGCCUAACCUACCCCUGUUGGCCCAGCUCCAGCCUCAACACCAACCCCAGCCUCAGCCCCAGCCUCCUAUAUCCCAUCUUCCCCAGCCAAACCUGCCCCUGUUGCCCCAGCCCCAACUCCAGCCCCAGCCUCAGCCUCCAAUACCCCAUCUGCCCCAGUCCAGCCAGCCCCCAGGAGCUCCUUUUUCCCAGCCUAGACAGGAAAGCCCAGAGCAGCCAGGACACCAGCACCCAGGCGUGGCCACUCUAGCUCCAGGGCUGCAGCCUUCAGGAGGGCAGCACAGUGACCAGCAGCUUGAGUCCUCACAUCCCAGGAGUGUGAAAGGGUACCAAAGCAACAUGGAGAACAUGACUGAGAAUGGGUCAGAGUUUCCUGUCCGUCUGGAGUGGGAGAUGGAUGGCCAUGCUGAGAAUGAGGACUUCAUCCCCUCCUCCCGUGAGCUGAGCAGCAUUUCCCCUGACAGCGCCUCCACUCCCCCUCCCCUUCACCUGGGGCUUCCGCUUCUGUCGUCUACUGGCCACACACGAGACGGCCCACGCGUUAUUCCCCCAGCCUCAGGGAUCAGGCUGCUGCAGCUGCACCCUCCUGUCAGCACUCCCACUGGUCUCCUCCAGACGGCUGCUCCUCCUCCUUCAGCUUCAGCACAGCAGGUCACAGGAUGUGGUACAGCAAGAGCCGAGCCCACGCUGCUCCCACCCGUCCUCCUGAGUGUCAGCCAGGCUGACGCCCUCGCCGUGAGGCAGGCGGCAGAAAAGAGGAUGAAGUCACCUGAGCGGCCGCUUGCGGGACCCCCAAAGCACCUCGGUUUAGAGCAGUGCGGUCACACCACCUUAGGCCAGGCGACCGGGAGCGCGUGGCCACAGCGCAGAGUCCCUGACAGCCGAGUGGAGGGGAGGGAGAGAGAGAGAGGGGCGCCUGUCGGCCUGCCCCUGGCUGCCCAGUCCCACCGAACACCUCCGUCUCGUGGACUCCCACUGCUGCACUUAAACCAGGAGCCCCACCUGCCUGCUACAGUCCCUCAUAUUCCUCUCUCCAAUCCCACCCGACCCCUGGCCUCUGGCCUUGGAUUCUCAAGACACUUUACCGGGCUUCAGUUGCUUCAAAUAGACCCUGAACCACUCCCCAAGGUUUUGCCCCUGAACCCACUGCCCCUUCCAACCCCACACCUCAUCCCUCCGGAGGAGCUGAUGGGGCUGGCGGCGCGAGGCAGAUGGGGGACUGCAGUGGGCAUGGCUCCGUUCCGCUUCCUGAAAGCAGACACGCGGCCCCGCCCUGCAGACACCACUGCCAACUCCAGCAAAAGGCAGAAGAGGAGGGAUGACAAAAAGAAGGAGGGAGAGAAGGCAAGUGUCACCUUCAGAUUAGAAGAAUCCAUCAUCCCUCCAGCUGAGCUGGAGGAAGCUGAACCAACAGGGACGAUCCUUGAGGAGGAUUUAGGCAUUCCAAUUGGGUCUUCCAGCUCCAUGCUAACAGGUCAGAGCCUGAUAACCAAUGCCCUAUCCACUGUAGCGGAGCUCCAUGCCUUUGCCUCCUCACAGAAGAAACCUCCUGAGAUCAAGGAUAUGUGCACUAACACAGAGUCAGCUCCUCCUCCUUCACUUGCUGAUAAGGCAGUUUCUGCACAGCUUCCUGUGGCGCUGCCCUCUGCCGCAGGCACUGGUGACUUGGAGGCAGAAACUGCGGCAAUGCAAUGCCCCGAUGUGUUCCUAAACUUACGGUUCCCCAGGGAGCCCCUUCCCCAGGAACCCGAAUGCCCAGAGACAGCAGCGCAGGUGGUCGAUGUGGAUGGGCCCGGCCGACACUUCAUCAAUGUGAUCGAUCUGGAGGAUGAGAGCCUGCUCCAACACCUUCCCAACACCGCCCAGAACAGAGCUCCCUCGCCCCCCACCUCUGCCCAGCUCCACCUCCUUGCGGCUUCAGUUGUGAAUUCCUCCCCUGUUGAACUCCCAGUUGCUGAUCCCAUGACAGCAGAGGUCAUACAGGAUGCACAGCUGGACCCCUCUGUGAAGUCCUCUCCCCCAGCAGCACAGGCCGAACAGGCUGCCUCAGAGCCCGAGGGGGAGAAGGCCACGUUCAGGCUGCCAAUGGAGAGGGAGGCUUGGAGCAUGCCACCACCACAACGGCAGCUAGGAGAACGCAGUAUGAUGUCCAGGAGCCAGGUCUCAGCCAAACUCUCAAGGAUGGACAGCCAGCUGGCUGCACUGCAGCGCAUCGCUGAUCACAUGGACAGGGAGUUUGCCAGCACCAGGAUGCUGAUAAGUACCAUAGAGACUAUGGGCACAGGCAAAGACCCGAGAGUGGAGAGACAGCAGUACUCCAGCAGGAGUUUCCAUCCCGGGGUGACAGAAGAAGUUUCACGAGUGUGUCGCUCCAUAGGACUGGCUGACCUGCAGGAAGAAAAGGAUGAGGACGAAGUGGACGCGCAAGUCAUAGACACUUCUCCAACCCCUAUUAGUCCUCCUGGCCUGAAGGGGCACACUUCCUUCUCAGCAGCCUCUGCAGUGGAGAGCACCUCUUUCUUGCACUCCUCUGCAAUUGGCUCUGACACCAUGGCUGCCAUGUCAGGAAAGUGGGCAGAUGAUGUUCUGAGCCCAGUAGACACAGCGGACAUCCUGGAGGAGCUGUUGGGGGUGGAGGGCAUCUCUGCCUCUGCGCUGGGUCUGUCUGACACACAGGCGGAAAGGCUGAGCAGGCUGGGUGAGCAGCGGAGGGAAGACCGUGCGGACAGGGAGCGGCAGAAGGUACGGGCAUGGAUGAGGAAGAAGCAGAGGGAGAGGCUGGCGGAGUACCGCAGACAGAGAGACGAGAGGAGAGAGAGGGAACACAGGCCCUUCAUGUCCUCAGCCACAGUGACUCUCACCUCUAGAGAUCUUUCUAUCAACAGGAAAAUCAAGGAGAGGAAGGAAAAAAUGUUGCUGCAGGAGCACCACACCCAGAGAGCCCAGGAUGCCUGCAACCUGAUAUCAGAGCUGCUGACAGCCUCCCCGGCCCUGCCCACCGCCACCACCCAGCCCCUGUCGCAGAGCAGAGCCAACAGCAGCGCCAGGUUGGCGGCACGGAGCCGGAGUAAGUCCGCAGGGAGGAAGGGAGGGAGCACCCAGCCCCAGGGGUUAGGCCCCCGCUCCCUCUCCUCACCUGGGAGGGUAGCAGGGGCGCAGAGCAGGGCCGCGUCGGGAGGAAGGCCAAUGCAGAGCGACCAUCUCGGACUGCACAGACCGGCAAGUGCCCUCCCAGGUGACCGCUUGUCCCAGGUGACCCGACGGGGAAUGCUGACAGAUGUGAGGGGGAGGACACCGGUGAAAGGUUGGGGGAAAGAGGUGGGGCCGUUCCUGACGGACAGUAGUAGAGCAGGAGACAAAUGGGUGAAGAAUGGAGUGCUUGAGAAGCAGAAGGUGCAGGUGGGGAGCCACUGGAAGCCUCUGGAGGUGCACAGACUGCAGGGCCUUGAGGAGCUGAACCUUGGGCAGGAGCUCAUGGUCGAGGUGGAAGAGUCUUCAGUGAUUGGAAGGGGAGGAAAGCUGAGGGCUUUGGACUCUUUGUCUGAGAGCACUGGCAGCAUCCUGAGCAAACUGGACUGGACUGCCAUUGAAAACCUGUUGGCAGAGGAGGAAGGAGACUGAUCUUCAUGGGGAGGGGUCAGGGCAGUCCUUUUAGCACAUGAGUAGCUGUCAUAGACUGGUGUUGUCCUAAGUAAGAAAAAAUAAACUGACUAUUUCCUUCCUUGUGCAAAUCUGUUGAAGUACUUCAAAGUGUCAGUAGCUGCUCUGAUUUUUUUCAUUGCAGUAUUGAGUGUUUUUAAAGUUACUGUAUUUGUGAUGUGUGAUGAAAUUUGU